UCGCAGGUGGAAAACACACAACAACAUCAGAAAAGAUGAUACACACAGGCCUUGCCUCUUUAGAGAUAUUUUACAAGCAUAACAAUUCAUCUAAUAGCAUAUAAGGACCAUCUACAGCAAUAUAAAGAAGCAAUCAACACCGCCCGGACCACCCACUAUGCCAACAUUAUCCUCUUUUUUUCCACCAUAAACUCCUUGCUCAAACCCCAUGACAACUCGUCUGCUUCAUUCACUCCAGAAAAGUUUCAAUUAUUUCUUUCAUUUUUCCCCCCCAAAAUUGACAACAUCUACAGUAACCUAAAUACCUCCAGGAUCCGUCCCAUUGCUUUACUUACCCCCUCCAUCCUUUCUUCCACCUGCCUCUAUGCUCACUCCGAUCAAGAAACUCACUCAACUUUCUCCAAUAUCAGCCACUCAACUUGCCACCAUAAUGUCUGGAAUGAAAACUGCCACCUGCACCCCUAGAUCCGACUCCCUCUUUUCUAAUAAAAGACUGUCUCCCCGUAAUCUCCUCACUUAUCACCGACAUCAUUAACACCUCCCUCCGCUCUGGCUCUGUCCCCCAAACUCUCAAAAUGGCUGCCAUCACUCCCAUCUUAAAGAAAUCUGGCCUAGACCCCGAUAUACCAAGCAAUUACCGCCCCAUCUCCAAUCUCCCUUUUCUGUCAAAAAUCCUGGAAAGGGCCGUCGCCACCCAACUCAGAACCCACCUCACCAAUAAUAACCUGUUUGAACUUUUUCAAUCUGGCUUCCGCUCACAACAUAGUACCGAAACAGCACUUCUGAAAGUUACCAACGACAUCCUCUUCUCAUCGGACUCCGGACAACUCACCAUCCUCAUCCUCCUGGACCUCACUGCUGCUUUUGACAUAAUCAACCACACCAUCCUGCUCUCCCGAUUAGAAUCUUUACACAUCACUGGUACCGCACUUUCCUGGUUUCGCUCCUACCUCACCGACCGACAACAAUUCAUCGCCAUCAUUCAUUGCACUUCCCCUCAUGUUCCCCUACCACAAGGUGUCCCCCAAGGUUCAGUUCUAAGUCCCCUCCUCUUCAUUCUCUCCGUCCUCCCCCUUGGUCAGAUCAUCCGUAAACAUGGACUCCAAUUUCACUGCUACGCUGACGACAUCCAAAUUUACAUAACAACGCAACAAAUCUCGCAAAGCACCCAAUCCACACUUCAAAAUUGCCUCGUGAAAUUAAUUCCUGGAUGCAAGAAAACUAUCUUCAACUCAACAGUAACAAAUCAGACAUAAUCAUCUUCAACCCUGCAGCCCACAUCAUAGACAGUCAAUUUCCCUCACCAUCAACAACUGCACCCUGCCUCUCUCAACACAUUCCCGCAACGUUGGUAUCAUUUUUGACAAUAAACUAAGAUUCGACCACCACGUCAACCAUAUCACCAGAACUGCCUUCUCCCACCUCAAGAACAUAGCCCGUGUUCACCCCUCCCUUACCUUCUCUACUGCUGAAACCCUCAUCCAUGCCUUCAUAACCUCCAGACUUGACUACUGCAACAGCAGUCUCUUCAGUUCUCCAUCCAAACUACUCAAUAAACUAAAAUAUAUCCAAAACUCCGCUGCACCCCUUCUCACCCGGACCCCCUAUAGGAACCUCCAUAAACUGCACUGGCAGCCUAUUUCAUACAGAAUUCAGUUCAAAAUCAUCCUUCUCACUUACAAAGCACUCAAUAGCUUGGCCCCUCCCUACCUCACAGACCUUCUCUGUCCCCACGCCCCUUCCCGUCACCUCCGCUCUUCUAACGGAAACAUCCUCGCGCCGCCCAAACAAAGAACACACCGAACUUGGGGGGACAGAGCCUUCUCCGCUGCUGCCCCCUCCCUUUGGAACUCACUCCCUAAACCCAUCCGUACCUGUUCAGACCUUCCCACAUUCAAAAACUGUUAAAAACUCACCUUUUUAAACUAGCUUUUAACUUAUAAUUAUUUUCUUUGUUUUGUUCUGUUCACGUUGUUUGCUGUUUUUGUUCCUACUGUAAAGCGUCUUUGAGCAUUGGUAAAAGCGCUCUACAAAUAAAAUGUAUUAUUAUUAUUAUAAACAAUGAACGUAGGUUCACAGCCGUGUUUUUCUCUCUCUCGCAAACUCGCCCACUCGCUCAGAGCUGCGUAGCUGUCCGUCUUCUUCUGGCGUCUGAGCGCUCUUCUUCGCGUAAACAACUGCGAGUGUGCCCCCACUUGGGCGUGAAAGCGCCACAAACUAAAAUCAUGCAUUUCAAUAUAAAAAAGCCAAUAAUACAAUUGAACACACAAUGCCAAAGGCAGAACGCGAUUGUGGCCGGUAUGUUAAUGUAACAUAGCUAUUAAGAGUUAUUCAGAUAACUAUAGCAUAAAGAACAUGCUAACAAGUUUACCAAACCAUCAGUGUCACUCCAAAACACCAAAAUAACAUGUGAAAUGAUAUCAUUAUGUGUUCAUAAUUUCACCCAUAAGUCGCUCCUGAGUAUAAGUCGCACCCCUAGCCAAACUAUGAAAAAAAACUGCGACUUAUAGUCCGAAAAAUACAGUAUUUGUUAUGUAAAAUGUAUUGAAGUAAAAGUAAAAAGUACCACUUCAUAUUUGUACUCAAGUCAAGUAUAGAUACAAAUAAAAAUGUACUUAAGUACAGUAAUGAGAGAGUUUUUCUUCGUUACAUUCGACCACUGCUAAGAGGAAAGAUGAAGAUUACCCUGACAUCUGUGUUUUGCGUGACGUCACUCAAAUGGUUUAUGAUCUCAAGUUACAAUAAGUCAAUAAAAGUUGUCGUCUGUAGAUACCUGAUCGACGGUCAACUCCCUCACGUGUAUACUGUAUAAGUCUGAAGGAUGGCUCUGGACAGCGGAUGUAGGGAUCUGCUGUGGAACACGCUGAGGGAGCUGGGGGAGGAUGACUUUGAGUCCUUCAGGUUCCACACGGCCCUGCCUAGAAGGGUGCGUGAAAACACCCGCCUUGAGUACAUUGCUGACAAGCUCUUGAUUAAGCACGGCGAGAACACUCUGGAUGAGACCGUCAAGAUUCUGGAGAAGAUCGGGAACAACGAUUUGGCCGAGAAGCUGCGCAGCGACAUGCUGAAAAUAAAAGGCUUCUCCGUCCUUGAUGAUGAUCAGAUUGCCACAUUGAAGGCGGACCUGCAGGACAACCUGCAGAGUUUGUACAGCUCUGUUUCCGAGGGCAAAACCAAGCGCAGGCAGCAGCAGCCUCUGGCGAACGUCUACACGGAGCUGGACAUCACCUACGGGGCCGACGUCAGGCCCGACGAGCGACACGAGGUGCUUCAGAUGGAGACGCGUGCCGCCGCGGCCAAGAACUCUAUCCUGCCGUGCGACAUCUUCAAAAGCCAUGACGGGCAGCCGCAACCGAUACGCACGCUGCUCACCGUCGGCUUCGCGGGAAUCGGGAAAACCUUACUGGUUCAAAAGUUUGUGUGUGACUGGGCCAGCGGGAAAACCAACCAGGACGUGCACUUCAUAUUUCCCUUCACAUUCCGUGAGUUGAACACGGACAAAGGGAAAAGUUUUACGCUGGCCAAGCUCAUCCGACGCUACGUUUGCGAGAGUAGGCAUAUGAACGAGGAGACACUGAACAAUAUAUUUGCGGAAAUGCAGACGUCCGGGAAGCGGGACUACGAACGCAGCAGGCUCAAAAUCUUGUUUGUCUUGGAUGGACUGGAUGAGUGCAACUUUAAAAUGGACUUGAAGAAUGAGAUGAAAGUGGACAUAGAUGUGAAGAAGGCUUACCCGCUGGAGGUGCUCCUGGCGCACCUCAUCAAGGGGAACCUGCUUCCUUGCUCCCGGGUUUGGAUCACCACGCGGCCCGCGACGGCCCGCGAUAUCCCCUCCGACCUCAUUGACAGCAGAACGGAGGUGAGAGGAUUCAGCGAUUUCAAGAGGCUGGAGUACUUCAGGAAAAAGUUCCCAAAUGAGGAGUGUGUCAUUGAGCACAUCCGAAAAACUCGCACCAUCUUCAUCAUGUGCCACAUGCCCAUCUUCUGCUGGCUCACCGCUACAGUUCUUCAGGAUCAUUUGGACAAAGGGAAGGAGGGAGAGCUUCCCACAACGCUGACCGACAUGUACUCAGAGUUUGUGUUUAAUCAACUGAAAAGGUCAGGGAAGAGACAGAUGACCAAGUACAUUUAUUAUGUGAAAGCGCUAGCAAAGAUGGCCUUUCACCACACCAUGAGUAAACAACAGAUCUUCUAUGAGCAGGAUCUGGUGUACAGCGGCUUUGAUUACAGCCAAGCCGCAAAACACUCCGGUAUAUUCACCGAGGUGUUGAAGGAGGUCCAACCACUCAGAAGAAACCAACAGGGCAAGAUGUUUCAGUUCGUCCAUCUGACCGUGCAGGAGUAUAUGGCCGCAUUACAUGUGAUGAUUUGCCUUUUCCAUGACAACAAGAAUGUACUGGAUGAUUCAGGACGCAUACAAAGACGUUUUAGGUUUUUCAAACAAAAGACAAUCCCUGAGGUCCAUGAGUCAGCUCUCCAGGUAGCCUCGGAGAGUGGAGGAUACCUGGACAUGUUCAUCCGCUUCCUCUUUGGCCUUUCCUUGCCAUGCAACCAGAAAACAGUGGGGGAACUGCUGAAGGCUCCUCGGGACUGCAGGCAAAAUAAGUCCAAGAGUGUCAAGUUGAUCAUGGAAAUGAUUAAACGGAACACUCCAGAGAAGAACAUCAACUUGUUCUACUGCCUAAACGAGCUGAAGGACGACUCUUUGCUGAAGCAGUUUCAGAAGGAAGAUAGUUCAGACUAUAUUGACUGGGACAACAUGCCAAAUGACAUGUGGUCGGCCUUGGCCUUCUUCUUACUGACAGACGACGAAACCAUGAACAGCUUUUGCCUGAGGCUUUACAACCCGUCGCCUUUGGGGCUCCAGAAGCUGUUGGUGGUGGUCAAGGCUUCUCAAGAAUCAAUUCUAGGAUCUUGUAACCUGAACAAAGACAGCUGUCACCUGCUGGCUUCCGUUCUCAGCUCUCCAUCCAACAUGAAGCAUCUGGACCUGUCCCAGAACCAUCUGUCAGACGAAGGGGUGGAGAUCCUCUCGAAAGGACUGGCCAGCCCAAACUGCAUCUUGGAGUCCCUCAAUCUAAGUCGUUGUCACCUGGACAAAGGCAGCUGUCACCUGCUGGCUUCCGUACUCAGCUCUCCAUCCAACCUGAAGAGUCUUGACCUAAGAGGUAACAAACUGUCGAACGAAGCGGUGGAGAUCCUCUCCAAAGGACUGGCCAGCCCAAACUGCAUCUUGGAGUCCCUCGAUCUAAAGAGUUGUAAGCUGGGAAAAGGCAGCUGUCACCCGCUGGCUUCCGUACUCAGCUCUUCAUCCAACCUGAGGCAUCUGGACCUGUCCCACAAUGAUCUGUCGGACAAAUGGGUGGAGAUCCUCUCGAAAGGACUGGCCAACCCAAACUGCAAGUUAGAGUCCCUCGAUCUAAAGAGUUGUAAGCUGGGAACAGGCAGCUGUCACCCGCUGGCUUCCGUUCUCAGCUCUCCAUCCAACCUGAAGCAUCUGGACCUGUCCGAGAACAAUCUGUCGGACGAAGGGGUGGAGAUCCUCUCGAAAGGAUUGGCCAGUCCACACUGCACCCUAGAAUCCAUCCGGCUGUCAGAGUGCGGGUUCACCAAUAAAGGAUGCCUUUUUUUGGCCGAGGCGCUCAAGUCAUACCCCUCCCAUCUUCAAGAGCUGGACCUGAGUGUGAAUAAAAUAGGAAAAGAAGGAAAGAGGGUCUUAUCGGACGUCCAAGAGGAUCCCAGCUAUCGCCUGCAGUAUGUCUGGUUCGAGUCGGAAUCCGACACUGAAAGCGAAUCAGAGGAGGAAGAAAGUCCCGAAGAACAUGAUUCUGAGGAGAUUUGACCGUACAGGUUCUAACCGGAGGCAGAAUCACCAUAACCAUAAGCAACUUGGAUUCCAUUAACAUCAGAUCUCAGGCGCUUGAAUGGUAAAUAUCUUCCAUUGACACCCUCGUCUCCACACGACAGCACGGCUAGCGAUUGAGAAACUAAUCAUUACAAUCUAAAACAAUUUCAAAGCAAGAUUUUUUACUGGUGCACUUUUGACCAACAAAGUUUCAGUUCUAAAUAUAAUCGUUAACAACUCUUCAUUGGCAACACGUCAUUUGCCACUUGGUCAAAGCGGUCAAAUGUUUUGAUCAAAACAACAGAAUACCAGAGGUGGAUAGAGUGGCCAAAAAUUUGACUAUCGUGACAUAAAAAAAAAAACAAUUGUUCUCAAGUAAAUGUAGUCAUCUAAAUUAUGUGCUCAAGUACAAGUAAUGAUGUGUUUGCUGAAAAGAAUACUGAAGGAAAUAGGGUGUGGGGCCUAUAAAAGCUCGGCUUCCUCGCACCCCUUUUCGAGCUACAUAUAUGCAUGUAUAUAUUUUUUUUAUUAUCAUUGUUGUUUUUCUUUUCUUGUUGUAUUUCUUUUAUGACUGCCCGAAAUAAAAAUCAUAUCUUGAGUAACAUUGUAACUCCUUACAGUGUCUGUUUUUUUUUUUUUAAACAAUGGUAUACUCUUUUUCUCAGCACAUUAUCUAUUUGAAGAGUUAUCAUUAUACCGUACUAUAACCCAUUACAUGACUAUAUUAGACCAAACAAAUACACAAAAUGAAUCAAAUUCAGAUUAGAACUACCACCUGACCAGUAGUGCCAUCUCGUGGAGAAAAACAAAAUUUCUAUCGUGAAACAGAAAUGAUCACAUUUUGGAUUUCCCGUGGUCUUUCAGUGCCAAAUAAGAACUGGGAGAGAGUUUGAAAUCCAGCCAUGUUGACUCCAUAUCGAAUAGUUUCAUUUUUGCAGUGCUUUCAUGAUGCCACAUCAAUGGUCCCU